UGAACAGAGCACUUCCUUGUGACGAUCUCAAGUUUGGUUCGAUUGAUUAUUUUUUCGUACAUUCGUCAAAGGCUAUCUGAGCUAAAUAAGCGACUCGUGUCCGCAGAUGUCUAGUAUCGAUUGUUGUCAUGUGGAGCACUGAGAAUGGCUUCAGCACAUUCACAUACUCGAAGGUGGUGGUCACAGGAAGCGCAUGGCAUCCGUGUUUCGGGCGAAGGGACUAUUGCAACAUUGCUGAUUUCGUCUCUAGUUAUUUAUGUUACGGUGGUUUAUCAACGCAGAAAGAAGUUACCUCCGGGCCCUUGGCCAUGGCCAGUAGUUGGCAAUCUUGCUGUCUUGGCUGGUUUGCCGCACAGAAAUUUGCAGAACCUCGCUGCCAAGUAUGGUGGCCUCAUGUAUCUCCAACUCGGUCAAGUGCCUUGUCUCGUGGUUUCCACCGCUGCAGCAGCCAAGGAGCUGUUCAGAACCCACGACGUGAUUUUUUCCUACCGGCCCAAGAGACUUGACCACGAAAUCAUAUCUGGAAAGUCUUACAAAAGUUUAACAAGUGCGCCAUAUGGACCUUACUGGCGUCAGAUUCGAAGAAUCUGCAACACAGAGUUAUUUUCUCCAGCAAUUCACGCGUCCCAUGUGAGUGUUAGGAGUGAGGAGAUUCACAGCAUGAUGAAGGUUCUCCUAGCUGAGUCUCGGACAGAGAAAGCCAUUGAUCUCAAGAGCUGGCUUACUGGUGUGACUGCCAACAAUAUGACUAGGAUGCUCAUCAACAAAAGGUUCUUUGGAACUGGCGUAUCAGAUCAGCAAGAGAAGAAAGACUUCGAGGAAAUAUUCGACCAUAUUUUUGCUGCUGCUGGAACUUUCUUCAUCAGUGACUUCAUUCCAAAAUUGCGAUUUGUGGAAAUGUUGCAGGGCAAGAUAGCAAAGCUCACGGCAUUUCGAAAGUUUUUACACUCAGUUAUUGGCAAGAUUUUUGAAGUGGAGAAGCAUAGGCAACGUGCACUGGAAAGGGGCAAUGAUCCAAUUUACGUACCAGACUUUGUGGAUGUAUUGUUAAAUACGCCUCUAGAUAAUGGAGAGCGACUCACAGACCGAGAAAUCAUCUCUAUACUUUCGAGCAUGAUAGGUGCUGGCACGGACACCACCGCAACCACAGUGGUGUGGGCAAUGUCAGAGCUUAUGGUAAACCCCAAGAUUAGGAAGCAAGCCCAAGAAGAGUUGGAUGCGGUGGUGGGAGAUUCCCGUCUCGUGGAAGAAUCCGACAUCCCCAACUUGCCAUUUCUUCGUACCAUCGUCAAGGAAACAUUUCGCUUGCACGCUCCUGUACCUCUCUCCCUUCCUCGUUGUUCCGAGCAACCGUGUGAAGUUGCAGGGAGCCAGUUUCCAGCCAACACUCGACUGAUCCUCAACGUGUUUGCUAUCCAUCGCGACCCAAUUGUGUACGAAAAUCCUGAUAGUUUUCAGCCCAGUAGGUUUGUGGACCAUCCUGAGGUGGAUCAUAUGUCGGGAAAGGACUUUUACGGGCUGAUUCCGUUCGGAGCAGGGCGGCGGAUGUGCCCCGGUUACCAUCUCGGCAAUGUGAUGGUGUCUUUGAUGUUGGCUCAUCUUCUCCACAGCUUCGACUGGAGAUUGCCUGCAGGAGUAACCGAAGAGAAUCUCGACAUGUCUGAGACUUAUAAGCUAGUAGGAUUAAGAAAGAAGCCCUUGUUUUUAAUAGCCAAGCCUAGGAGCCCAGCCUACCUGUACUGAUCUAACUUCUUGUCAGUUCAGUUUUCUGUACAACUGGGAUGCACUUGUGUGGUGCGCAUAGAAUAAAAUCAUGCAACACACUAUGCCCAUUACAUUCAUAAGCAAAUUGAUAGGGUCGCACAAUCAAGAAUCCAGGAUCAAUAAACAUACUGUAUGGUAGUAGACGUUCACAAUAGUUAGCAGAAAUUUAUACACCGUUGACGACAAUCACAUAUGAUCAAUUUCA